AUGAACGGCGACGGCUAUUCUCGUGAAGGACGAGGAAAGGGAUCUCGCGACUACCCGAGGGAUCGAGAUGAUAGACGCGGUGAUCGAGACAGACACCGAGACCGAAGACGCUCCCGUUCGCCCUACGACCGAAGCUCCAGACGUCGCGAGGACGAGGACAGCUAUGCGACCAGCCGCAGUCAUCGCGAGCGCGAGCGAGAGGAUCGAUACUCUGGGCGCGAUAGACGUGGAGGUGACCGAGAAUGGGAUCGCGACCGUGCAUCCACCAGACGCGAUGCUAGAAGAGAUGACGAUGACCGUCCUCGGAGAGACCGCGACCCGUAUGACGACAGACGCCGGGGCGGCGGACGAGACAGGAACGAGGAUCCCGGCUUUGGCCGGCGCGAACGCCAGCGGAGCGCGACGCCCCCUCCAAAGAAGAGGGAACCCACGCCUGAUCUGACCGACGUCACGUCAGUCCUGGAGCGCAAGCGACGUUUGACUCAGUGGGACAUCAAACCCCCUGGUUAUGAGAAUGUCACUGCUGAACAAGCCAAGCUGUCAGGCAUGUUCCCUCUGCCCGGUGCUCCCCGCCAGCAGCCUAUGGAUCCGAGCAAGCUCCAGGCCAUCAUGAACCAGCCCGGUGGUCAAGUCAACAGCGCUGCGCUGAAGCCUAGCAACUCGCGUCAGGCCAAGCGACUGCUCAUUAACAACCUCCCUCCUUCCGCGACCGAGGAAGGCAUCCAGAACUUCUUCAACUUGCAGCUGAACGGGCUGAACAUCAUCGAGAGCACCGAUCCCUGCACCAGCUGUCAGGUUUCCAAGGACCACUCGUUCGCCGUUGUCGAGUUUAGAAACGCAUCCGAAGCCACCGUGGCGCUGGCCCUCGACGGAAUCUCAAUGGAAGCUGAAGAUGCCACAAACGGAGCAGCAGCCGACCAGGGUCUGGUCAUCCGCCGGCCAAAGGACUACAUCGUCCCGGCUGUGGUCGACGAUGUCCCUUACGAGCCAGGCGUCGUGUCCAAUGUCGUCGUCGAUACGCACAACAAGAUUAGCGUUGCCAACAUGCCCGUCUACCUCUCCGAGGAGCAGGUUUCAGAGCUUCUCGUGUCCUUUGGCGAACUCAAGGCGUUUGUGCUUGUUCGUGACAAGAGUACUGAAGAGUCUCGGGGCAUUGCGUUUUGCGAGUAUGUUGAUCCCGCGGCCACCGACGUUGCCAUCCAGGGCCUCAACGGUAUGGACCUCGGCGACAAGAGGCUCAAGGUUCAGAAGGCCAGCGUGGGCGUUACACAAGUAGCCGGAGUAGAGAUGGGCGUUGCCGCCAUGUCUAUGCUGGCGGGAACGACUUCAACAGACUCUGAGGAGACCCGUGUUUUGCAGCUUCUCAACAUGGUGACACCUGAGGAACUGAUGGACAAUGACGAUUAUGAAGAAAUCAAGGAAGACGUCCAAGAAGAGUGCGCCAAGUUUGGUACCGUUCUCGAUGUCAAGAUUCCUCGGCCAGUCGGAGGAAGCAGGCAGUCUGCUGGUGUGGGCAAGAUCUUUGUCAAGUUUGAAACGAAGGAGGCGGCAAAGAAAGCGCUUCAAGCGCUUGCAGGACGCAAGUUUGCCGACAGAACCGUUGUCACAACCUAUUUCCCAGAGGAGAACUUCGAGGUCGGUGCUUGGUAA